GCGACGGUGGGCGCGUCGCGGCGGGCCGGGCGGGCGCCCGCCGCGAGGGCGAGGCAGCCGGCCGUCGUGGCCGUGCCGGCCGCGUCGUAGCUGUCCUUGAGCAGGACGGGGACGCAGAAGAGCGGGCUGCUGCCCGUGACGUUGCCGGUGGCCAGCAGCUGGGCGUCGAGGGCGUCGGCGGCGUCGAGGGCCGCCGGGUCGAGGCUGACGACGGCGUUGAUGGUCGGGUUGUAGGCCUCUAUGCGGGCCAGGAAGGCGGAGACGACGUCCCGGCAGCUCGCGGAGCCGGAGAAGAGGGCGCUGUGCACGUCAUCUAUGGUGGCCUCGAGAGCGUCAAAGGGCGCUGCUGGCAAAGAGGCUCGAGAGCCGUGGAUGAGAAGCGCGAGGCCGGCGGCUGCGAUCAGUCUUCGAGGUGUUAA